AACCAGGGCAGCGGCACUCAUCAUCAUGGGGCUCCUUCUUCUUCUGCAGUCUGUGUGUGUGUUUGAGUGUGUGUGCAGACCCAGUGUGUGAUUUCACUCUCCUCCUCCACCCAGACGAGGCGAGAGGACAUCCCCCUUAACACCGAGCCAGAGGGAGCCAGAGGGAGAGGGAGAUAGAGAGCCCAUAAUGCACUGCUCACUGUAAGGUUGAAGUGGUGUCGAUUCAUCAGUUCCUGCUUGUGGACAUCGUGCGUGAGUGUACGUUCAGACGCAGAGCGGAGCGGAGACGACAGGCAGAGACAAGUGCCUUCUGAUGCCGACUCCUGGGGCUUUUUGGCUAGACUGAAACCACCUCUGUCUCUGUGCCUCCCCAUGUCUGUCAGAGUCACCCCCCUCAGCAUGGGCACCAGGACUGCCAACACCAUCUACUGAACCAUCCACUGCCCCACUCUCACCCCCUUCCCAUCUCCUGCUCCCUCCACCAGCCGGGCCUCCACCGGUGUCGUCAAUCCACCUUCUCCUGAGGAAGUCGACCCUUUCACCCUCUUUUCCCGAUACAGGCUGACAGUGAAGCUAUCUGCUGCUGUGAGUGGAAGGCGAUUGUCCUUUUGUUGUCCCCUUUACCUGUGCCUCCUCCACCUGUUCUUGCCUCCCUCUCCCUCUCCCCCUCCUUUAUUCUUCCCCCAGCCCUAUGUCAACUCCUCAUGGACCAACUAAAUCAAUAAUGCGUUUUGCCAUUCAUCUCAACUGACAGCUCAGCCGUGGAGCGAGUAAACUGCUGUGGGUAGGAGAGCAAAGCAAACGUCUGUGGCCACCACCUGUCUGUGCCCUGGGUGACAAACGCUCAAGGAUUUCUUAAACAUCUUCAAACAGACUGUGAGGAUGGGCCACAGGUGGUAGAGGAGUCCAGUCCUCACAGCCUUCCUCACGCAAUCUCACUCCAGGACAAACCUUCCUAAAACUGGAUCCCCUCCCUCCCAUGCCAUUUAUUGUUUCUUUAUUUUCAUUUCUCCCUGUGUCGUCCAAAGCACACAGACACACGCACGUAUUUGGUGGAUUUCUCUUCUCUGUGAGCGCCCCCUUCUUUACGGCUCACGAUGGCGUUGAAUGUGACACCCAUCAGGGACACAAAGUGGCUGACGUUGGAAGUCUGUCGGGAAUUCCAGAGAGGAACAUGUUCACGGCCGGACAACGAGUGCAAGUUUGCUCACCCUGCCAAGAGCUGUCAGGUGGAGAACGGCAGAGUCAUCGCCUGUUUUGACUCACUCAAGGGCCGCUGUUCCAGGGAGAACUGUAAGUACCUCCACCCCCCUCCUCACCUAAAGACCCAACUGGAGAUCAACGGGAGGAACAACCUCAUUCAGCAGAAAAAUAUAGCAAUGCUCGCCCAGCAGAUGCAGCUGGCAAAUGCCAUGAUGCCCGGCACGCAGCUACAGCCAGUGCCCAUGUUUUCAGUCACACCAAGCCUUGCAACAAAUGCCAAUGCUGCCGCAGCAGCGGCCGCUGCGUUCAACCCCUACCUUGGCCCAGUGUCACCAGGCUUAAUGCACACUGACAUCCUCCCCACUGCCCCUGUUCUGGUCACCAGCAACCCCAGUGUCCCUGUCGCUGCUGCUGCUGCACAGAAACUCAUGAGAACAGACAGACUGGAGGUAUGUCGGGAAUACCAGCGGGGAAACUGUACUCGUGGGGAGAACGACUGUCGCUUCGCCCACCCUGCAGACAGCACUAUGAUUGACACCAACGACAACACAGUCACCGUGUGUAUGGACUACAUCAAAGGCCGCUGCUCCAGGGACAAGUGCAAGUAUUUCCACCCCCCCGUUCACCUGCAGGCCAAAAUCAAGGCUGCCCAACACCAGGUCAACCAGGCUGCAGCUGCUGCGGCCAUGGGACUCCCUCCUGUGCUGCCUCCUUUACCAAAGAGACCUGCACUAGAAAAAGCCAAUGGUGCCACCACUAUGUUCAAUGCUGGUGUAUUCCAGUACCAACAGGCCCUGGCCAACAUGCAGUUUCAGCAGCAGACGGCCUUCAUUCCAUCAGGCUCCAUAUUGUGCAUGACACCUGCAACAAGUGUUGUACCCAUGAUGCACGGUGCUUCUCCAGCCACUGUGUCUGCAGCCACCUCAUCUGCCACAAGUGUUCCCUUUGCAACUGCAUCAGCCAAUCAGAUUCCAAUAAUAUCUGCCGACCAUCUGACUAGUCACAAGUAUGUGACCCAGAUGUAGGAGACUCAGUCAGAACAACUGAAGUGGAGUGUGUGCUGGUGUCCAGCCCAGGAUGAACAGCCUUCGUCUCAGUGACGUCCAGGACAGAAGAGAACAGAACAGGAGAACCAAAAAGAGACUGUGGUGGUUUGGAAUAAAUCUGCAUGUUAACAGUCGACACCAAGUGUCUGUAGUUUUUCUCCCUGUGUUUUUCAUGGACACUGGUCCACAGACAGAAAAGACCAUUUUCACACAGACCUUCACCUUUCACCCAGAAGAGGCCGCCAACCCGCAUCCACCAGACACACUCUGAAUGUGACAAUGACGUGAAUGUGUGACGCAGCCGUUUGAAACACAGACUGCUGGAUUGGUUGGUCUGUUGAACACGACUGAUGAUUUAUGGUCUUUGUUUGUUUGUUUUGACCUUUGAUAUGUUUAUUAGUUCACAGGUGCACCUUUGUACUUCAGUUAGGGUUAAAAAACAAAAACAAACAAAAAAAAAAUCUGCCUGAACCACAUAUGCAUGCACACUUGAUUUUUUAAACCAAUGAUAAGGGACAUGACACGAGUGCACUCAGAGUCUACAUGGCAACUGAAUGUGUGUGUGGUCGUUGUUUCAGCUCUCGUCUCCUACCAUGGUGUCUUUGAACUGGCAGAUCCUACCUGUCAAGUACCAUCAUCUCAAGGAACAUGAAUGGAACUAGACCUGAGUGACUGACUCGAAUUCCCUUUAACCUGGUCAGUUAGUUGGUUAGUUAGUUAGUUAGUUAGUUAGUUAGUUAGUGUGUUUUUAUAGACAGUGUCCUGCGUCACAUCAUGUGAUCAGACGACUUCCCCCUGAGUGAAUGAGUUCCAUUGACUUAAUGAAUAGUUAGACCUGUGCAGACGCUGACCUCUCACUGACCAUUUAGUCCACUGACUGUUAGGACCAGACCAUCGAUGGUUUAUAAGACAGAGGACGACUGCAGUCAACCUCUUUUCAUUUAGAACAUCUUUUAUAACCGUCCAAUGUCCUGGAUCACAUGGUCCUGGUCCUAGUCCUGGUCCUGUUUUAUAGAUCAAUGGUCAAAAACACAAGUGGGGGGGGCAUGAUUAAUGAGCAUGACUGACCGAUGAAGUGUCUCAUGAAAACCUGGCCACAUCACUUGUCACCAGGUUGUCAUGGGCCAACUAGCUGUUAACUAGGCAAAAGUUAACAGAACCAGAACCAGGUGAGAGUCUGAGCCCACAACCACAACCCACGUCUGAUGCAGUUCUGCGGUCUAUGGGUUGGACCAGUGGUCUAAAGACACCAAAGACCCUCCCAGUGCUGACGACGUUCACAUGGAUUUGAAAUUUGAAUGAAAAUCAAUUUAGACUUUAUGGAGCGGACGGUCAGGGUCCAAAACAUCACUUUAAACUGUGUGAUUGAGAUUUCCUCAGAAGGCAACUAAACUUCUUCAUUUGAAUUCAUUGAAUUCAAGUCCACGUCUGUUUGGCAUCAACGUCUGUGUUGAGGAGAUUGGAAAUAUGAACUCAAUACUGAUAUUCUUCCACGUUAAGUAAAAGAUUUUCCCUUACAGUAUGAGCUACCGUGGCCUUCGAUGGGGCAGCACUCCAUAGAUUCAUCUUUGGCUAGAUGCUGAUUGGAUAAAUGUACCAAUAAAAAAUAAAAAAAACAGUCUUUAGUAGGAGAACCACUGGAGAACCUGGUAUCAGGUUCCUGUGAGGAGGAACAGAGAACAAAGUUUAUAUUUAACUAACUGGGCUUAAACUGAACAUGACCUGUUACGCCACCACUGGCACUCCCCCUAGUGGUGAACUGUGAUAUCCCACCACCCAGAAGACCGUGUCUAUUUUCUUAUGCUGCGUGUGAAGACGUUUCAUUUGUACGAAUGUUUGUGUGUUCAGUCUUAUGUUCAAUGCUUACAUUGGGUCAGCUUGGACAGUUAUAUAUGUGUGUGUGUGUGUGUGUGUGUGUAUUGUGGCACACACUUGUGUUUGUGUGUUGAAAACAUCUACCUGAAAACUGUUUGAGAGUCGGCCAAAGUCUUUACUGUUGUAGAUUUUGUUGUAAGAAUUUUUAAAAAAGAUCUGGAUGUAAACAUGUCCAAAACAGAACGUAUAGUUUGGAGUAGAUCUGUAAUAUUUUUGUUCUUGUGUUGUUGUUUUGGGGCUUCAGGCGUUUCAGGGAUUGGGGCAAGAAUCUACAGUGUAAACGAUUGUAUUUCUCAUCCAAAGCCUUAGAAUGUACCGUGGGGUUGGCACAAUACGACACACCAUUGAUAUCAUCCAGCUGCCUGGUCCACAUGUUCAUGGUCUCACACAUGCACGCACACUUGUUUGUGUCAUGUUUGUACCUCACAUAGACAUCUAUUCCCCAGCCCUGGAAAUGUUCAAGACUGAUCUUAAUCCUAAUCCCAACUCUAAUCUGACCCUAGUUCUGUUCCUGAACUCUGUCCUACAUCUUCAACCUGAGAGGACCUGUAAAUGUCCCCACUACUGUAGUAUAGUUUACCUGUCCCCACAGGUAUAGCUAUAUCAGAAAGACACACACUCAAAACCACCCAGCACUAUUUCACUGUCACUUUUCCUCAGUGGUUUCUUAUCUUUAUGGUGGGAUGUCCUUUAACAACGUUAGUUAUUUCUCUGUCUGCUGAUGAACAUGAGGUCGAAAACAUGAACAUGAUGUUGAAGUUCCUGAGCUGUUCAUUUUAUCACCAUUUAUUUGAAUUUCCCUGGUCUGAAUGUGUUCUUUGUUGUUUUAUAUGAAUAUCUCGGAGUGAUGACAGAAUAGAACAGAGAGAGAGAGAGAGAGAGAGACGAACGCCGUCCGCUAAGUAAUAUUUUAAUGAUUGUAAGGUUUGUAAUUAGUAAAAUAAGAUAAAAAAA